CUUGACAAGAAGCAGCUCUAUGAGAUAUAAUAAAUAAACCAACCCAAUCAAGGCCGAAAGCAAAGCAUAACGUCUUCUUAUUAUUAGAGCGUGCUAGAGAAAGAGAGAGAGAAAGCGACAGGGAAGAGCAAUGGAUGGAACGAGGAGAGGGUGUGGGUUCCGCUCAUCUAUGAUGGUGCCGGUGGCUGUGGUGAUUCUAAUGGUGUUUAUGGUACCAGAAGUGUCUGCAACUAGAUGGACUGUAGGAUCCAACAUGGGUUGGACUACUAAUGUAAACUACACUAUUUGGGCUCAAGAUAAGCAUUUCUACAAUGGUGACUGGCUCUUUUUCUCGUAUGACAGGAACCAGAUGAAUGUGCUAGAGGUAAACAAGACAGACUACGAGUCAUGCAACUCCGAUCAUCCUCUUCACAAUUGGACUACAGGAGCUGGAAGGGAUGUGGUUCCGCUAAAUGUGACCCGCAACUAUUACUUCAUUAGUGGUAAAGGGUUUUGUUUUGGUGGAAUGAAGUUAGCUGUUCAUGUUGAAAACCCACCUCCACCUCCCACAGCUGCUCCCGUAAACGAGAACAGCUCCGCUUCAUAUGUCAUUCUCAGAGGCCAAUAUGUUCUUCCAGCUGCUCUCGCCAUUGGUGCUUUCUGGGAUGCAUUUGUUCAGUUCUGGUAGCUGUAUUGAUUCACCAUUAUGAGGAUCCAGUUCACACUUCCUUAACCAAUUUGUCAAGGAAAAAAAAUCUGAGUUGUCUUUCACAAUUUUCUUUUCUUGGGGUGUUGUUUUCUUUAAGAUAGUUGACCUGAAAGUGGAUGGUAUCUUGAGAAAGUGUUGUGCAUUUUCACUAAAUUAAAGAGUCUUAGAAUUGAUUGCUUUCAUUUGUUUAUUAGAGAAAUCAAAAGCCAAUUUGUGUCAAUGCUUUUGAGUUUCUUGUGUAAUGCAUGGAUUUGUGGGGUCUCCUGCCUGUCUUUCAUGUGGUAGGUCACCAGAUUUUAUGUAAGGUUGGCCACUGAUUCCGGAAUUCAGAAGGAUUUGCUGUAUUUCUUAAUUUAUUAUUGUUUUCCUUAGCAGGAAUUGUUUAAA